GCCUGGACUAAUAUAUAUACUUGCCUCUGUUUUCACCAACUUAGUUUAACUGCGGAGGUUGCUAGCAGCCCUGCAGGAGUGUUCAAUCAUCCAUCUCUGAGGACUUCAGAGCUUUGUAUAAACUUUUCGUCCGCUGCCCCCAAUAAAAGCCGCCCCCCGGCCGUCUCCACUUUUUUCGCCCGCCGCACAAAACACCAAACUCCAUCGAUACCAUAGAAUGGUAGAAAGUGAUCAUCCAUCAAAAAACAAGCAAGAUUGUGAUGUAAAGGACGAGCGCGUUCUAAACGGCGGCGGAUCCAAAGAUCUUGAGCUUGGUAAUCUACCAACACUGAAAGACCUGAAUAAAAUCCCAGUCGACGUCGAAAAGGGACAUUCCGACAAGGCCGACUUCGAACGAGCAAUCGAACUCACCGGAUAUGGCAAAUUUCACUACAUUCUAUUAGCAGUAUGCGGCUUCGUGAGCACCUCGGAGGAGAUGGACGUCAUCUCGAUGUCCUUCAUCCUACCGUCUGCACAAUGCGACUUAAACCUGAGCACCCAGAGCAAGGGCUGGCUGAACUCCAUCAUCUUCAUCGGGAUGAUGGCAGGAGCCUACGCCUGGGGCUCGGUGGCGGACUCGUUGGGCCGUAAAAAGGUGCUCAUCACGAUCUCGUUCAUGAACGCUCUGUGCAUUGUGGCUUCAAGCUUCAGUCAGACAUAUGAGCUGUUCAUGUUUUUCAGAUUUCUAAAUGGGGCGGCAUUAGGGGGCAGCGGACCAGUUAUCUGGUCAUACUUUGCAGAAUUUCAACCCAAAUCCAAAAGAGGUUCCAUGCUUUCCUUCAUGGCGGCUUUCUGGACUUUGGGAAACUUAUUCGUAGCCGGGCUAGCCUGGCUCAUCAUACCUACCGGUAUUGGUCUUCAUCAUCCAAGUUUCACCUACAACUCCUGGAGGAUUUUCCUGUUGAUUUGUGCGGUACCAUCAUUCAUAGUGGCAGCUUUGCUCUUCUUCUUACCCGAAAGUCCUAAGUUUUUGCUUUCGCGAGGAAGGUGUGACGAAGCCAUUGAGAUCUUUAGACAGAUCUAUAGCACAAAUACCGGAAAAAGUAAAGACGAUUAUCCUGUUAAACAACUCAUUCUUGACGACCAUCCGGAAAAACCAAUCGAAACCAAAACACCCAUCAAAGGAAAAUACAAGAAUAUGUUCAUCGACAUCAUAGAUAAUAGCAAGCAGCUUUUCGUUAGUCCUAUUCUUAAGUUCACGCUCAUUUCCAUCACCAUCAAUUUUACUUUCCACAUUGGAUAUUACGGUUUAAUGAUGUGGUUCCCCGAACUCUUCAACCGUUUUGACGAAUACUCAAGAGUAUACCCAAACCAAACUGCUGGUGUCUGUGUGGUAACGAACUUCGUAACGGAACAUGGAAGCCAAAACGGAUCAUCAUGCAGCGCCACUAUUCCAAGCGCAGUCUUUUUAGAAUCUCUGAUCACGGUCGCUUCGGCUCUUCCCAGUAACAUCAUCGCAGUCCUCUUCAUGGACCUUCUCGGCCGAAAAUUUUUCUUAGUCUUCAGUACCGUGACGUCUGGCCUGUGUGCAGCUUCCAUGUAUUUCGUUUACAACAAACUGCAUAACUUGAUAGUGUCUGCUGUGUUUAGUAGCGUGAUCUCGUGCGGAAAUGCAGCUUUGGAUUGUUUAAUAACUGAAAUUUUCCCAACGAAUCUCAGGGCAACUGGGGUGGCUGUUUCCAUGGUAGCAGCCCGUCUUGGUGGUAUUAUUGGUAAUUUAGUUAUCGCUAACUUACUAGACACAUAUUGUCCGGCACCAACAUUCAUCGUAGCAGCAUUAUUGAUAGGUGGAGGUUUACUUUGCCUCUUUUUGCCAAAUACAACACGUAAAGCGUUAUCUUAACACAAACUAUAACUUAGUUGAAUCACAAACUAGACAUAGUUUGGAUGUUAAUACUUGUCGUUGUAGUAGAUAUGCGUAGAUCAAUUUUGUUUAUCAUAUUAUGUUAGUAUUAUAGAUGACUAGAGUCUUAGAUGUCAUGUUCUUAUACUUGAAAUGUAAUUAAAAGUAAUGAAAAAGACUA